GGGAGUGGAAGAAGGGCCCCAGCAGCCUCCCAGCAGGUCAUUAAAGCCAUUUGGGGCUUAAUCCUCCCUCCCACUCCAACACUUGAGAGGUUCUCACUGGCAAACUGGUGAUGGACCCCUGGGCCCCUGCCCGGCCACCCCAGCCACCCCGGGGUGGGUGGGGAGAGGCUCACCACAGACACCCCUCCCAGCCCUUCCAGCAGCUGCUCCAUAAAGGACCUCAGCCUCGAUCCAGCUCCUGGGAUGGGAGCCACCUUCCCAACCACCCCUGGGAUGAGGGUCACCAGCCCUGGAGGGACACCCAUGGACCCACUCCCUGGGCUGACUACCCCAACUGGCUGUACUCCAGGCAAGGUUAUGAAGACCCUGACUGGCAGUACCCAGCAGGCAGCUAUGGGGGUGACUACACCUACCAAAGCCACCAGUGGCAGCCAGUGGCCUGGCAGGGUGACAGAGACCUGAGGCAGAGAGAGCGUUAUGGCAAGAGCACCAAGUACCAGGACCAUCACUACUACAGGGGCUACCACCCCAACCUGGCCACCUCACCCCCAGGGCAGGAGAGGACACAGGCCUAUGGCUCUCACAAGGAGAACUACAUCCCAGCUGCCAGGAGGGAGCAGUCAGGGGGAGGAACCCUCUGCAGUGAUUUGAGGGAGGCUGGAGGUCAGCCCCAAGAGCCCUCAGACCCCCCCAGUCUGCUCCUGAAGUACCAGGAGCUGGGGCUCAGCUCCAGCACCUACGAGCUCAGCCAGUACAUCCAUGAUGGUGCUGACCACCACGACCCCACACCAUCAGAGACCUGGAGCCCAGCACCACCAGGGAGGUCCUUGGUGUCCACCCCAGCCCCUGUGGUACCCUUAAAGUUCUCACUGCCUCACGUGGCAAUGUGCUUUGGAGCUGGAGGCCAGCUGGUGUUGGUGUGUCCCCACUGCCCUGCUGAGGGACAGCAAGCCCAUGUGGAGCUACACAGCCUGGAGGUUAUCCUUCAUGACACAAAAGAGCUGGAGGAGCUCCAGGCUUUCCCAGGACCCCUGGUCAGGGAAGAUCUGCACAAGGUGGAUGUGAUGACAUUUUGUCAGCAGAAGAUAGCCACAGGCUGUGAUCUCUCAACACAAAGAGGCAGAGAUUCAGCUCUUCUCUGGAAACUGCUGGUUGUCCUCUGCCAGCAGAAUGGGUCCAUGGUGGGCUCAGACACAGCUGAGCUGCUGAUGCAGGACUGCAAGUGCCGGGAGAAAUACAAGAGGAAAAACCCUGAAGCAAACCUGAUGGGCUUGACAGAUGAAGAGUGGAUGUCCCAUCAGCCAGGGACAUUGGACCUUAUCACAGGGGAGGUGCCUCCUGUUGUGGAGACUCAGGCACAGAUAGUGGAGAAGUUCACCAAGCUCCUCUACUAUGGCAGGAAGAAAGAUGCUCUGGUCUGGGCCAUGAGAAACCAUCUAUGGGGCCAUGCCCUCUUUCUCUCCAGCAAGAUGGACCCUCGGACCUACAGCUGGGUGCUCACUGGGUUCACCAGCACAUUGGCCACCAACGACCCAUUGCAGACCCUCUUCCAGCUCAUGUCAGGAAGGAUCCCUCAGGCAGCACUGUGCUGUGGGGAUGCCACAUGGGGAGACUGGAGGCCCCACCUGGCAGUGAUGUUGUCCAACAAAGCUGGAGACAUGGAGCUGAACCACCAAGCCAUCAUCACCAUGGGGGAUACUUUGGCUGGCAAGGGAGCAGUGGAAGCAGCCCAUUUCUGCUACCUGAUGGCAGAUAUUCCUUUUGGCUACUUUGGGGCUAAGGCAGACCACAUGGUUCUGCUGGGCAGCAGCCACCGCAGUCAGACGUUCACCCAGUUUGCCACAACAGAGGCCAUCCAGAGGAUGGAAAUCCUGGAGUACUGUCAGCAGCUCCGACAGCCUGAGUCCUUCCUGCUCCCCUUCCAGGUCUACAAACUCCUCUACGCCUCUCGCCUGGCUGACCAUGGGCUCCCAGCCCAGGCCCUGCAAUACUGUGAGCAGAUUGCCACUGCCCUCCUGGGCCAAGGUCUGGCCAGACACCCUGUUCUGGCCCAGCAAGUGAUGAAGCUUGCUGAGAGGCUGAAGCUCUCUGACCCACUGCUCCUGGAGAUGCCAGAGAAGGACCAGAAUCUGGAGCCUGAGUGGCUGGAACAGCUCCGAGCCUGCUGCCAGGAGUGGGAGAUGAAGAAUGAGCUCCCUCUGGAGGUGACACCCACUCAGCCAGGGCUCUCCUGGGCUGCUUCAUCACGGGCAGAUGAAAGGCCUGGCCAGGAGCUUCCACAGGGUGAAGGUUACCAGUAUAACCAGAGGUACCAUGCCAUGCCACCCCAGGGACCCAGCUCACACGAGGAUGUGGCAGCAUUGCCACAUCUCAGUGUUAGGCAGGAGCUGCAGCCCUCAAGACAGGUUUUUACUGAGCCCCCUCUGCAGGUGGUGUCAUCAGCAGGAGAAGCUGGGGAGUCCUGGGGCACCCUUCUGUCCCCUGAAGGGGUGCAACCAUCUCUCCCAACAGAGCAGGAGGAGCUAAAAGCAAGGGCUCGAACCAUGUCAGAGAGCUCCACCAUCUCCUUGGAAGAUGGCAGCCAGAAUUCCUCAGAGAGCACAGCUGAGGAUGCUGAUGGAGAGCCAAAAGAAGUGAAUAAGGAGGAGGAUAAGAGCUCUGGAUUCAGGUGGUUUGGGUGGUUUUGGUUGAAGCCCACCAAAGAAAAAGCUCCCAAAGCUACAUCUGAGGCAGCCCCGGACUCUCCUGUACCAGAACCACAGGAACGGACAUCACCAUCCCCACAGGAUACUCCUCUCACUGCUGGGACAAACCAAAACCCUUUGGCUCAACCUCUGUUUGGAAACCCUGGGGGAAUGCAAGGUGACAAUUCCUUCCCUGCUAUUCCAGCAUCCACUGAGGUGAAAGGCUUGUGGGGUGCAGAUGGUGGGGAGGCAGCAGGACAGCAGACCACCUCCCAGGAAUCUCUCCCAGUGGGGACAAUCCCCCUCUUCAACCCUCUCCAGGUGUCUCAGCUUGCUGCUGCCUCCCGACCCAACCAACCCAGGCUGCUUUCCCAGCGCCGCUACCCCAACCCCUUGUGAGCAGAAAUCAAGAGUGGAAAGUUGUUUUAAUCAGAAGCGUGGUUGUGAUUAUUUCGAAGGGAGGGGGCACCUAAAAUGUGGGUUUACAUUGACUUGUGGAAAACGACUCUACAACUGGGAACGUUCUAGAGAGGGGUGUGUUUAUUCAACAAUGGGCA